CUGUUUGUCGGUGAAGUUAGUCUGAUCUCAGCUAGGAAAACGUAAAGAAUCAUCACCACUUCCCUCAUGUGGCUGGACUCCCGGUGGAUUGUUUCCUCAAGUAGCUAGGACUUCUCUACUUUCCAAUUUGUUUUACAAUCACAGCACAUUGGAUUCCUACUGUAACUAGAAACUUUGUUUUCUAUAAAUAGGGCCUCAGGCUCCCCCAAUAUUGAUCAUCCACUACAAGCUGAAACAAAACCAUACCCGUUUUAAGAGAGAAUUUGCCAUUAUUUGCUUCAUAUCCAAACAAUGUCGAUCUUUCGUUGUCCUCUACAAAUCAUUCUCAUUGUUUCGCUCAUUAGUUUUCAAACCAGCGUUAAUUCGACAACUUUUACAUUCACAAACAGGUGCGAUUACACUGUUUAUCCAGGAACUCUAGCCGGUUCAUCCAGCCCUAGACUAGAAAGCACCGGAUUCCAGCUCCAACCCGGCGAGUCUCGCUCCCUUCAAGCCCCACCAAGCUGGUCCGGCAGGUUCUGGGGUCGAACCGGUUGCAACUUCGACCCCGUCACCGGCCAGGGCUCCUGCACCACCGCCGACUGCGGCUCCAACCAACUCGAGUGCAACGGCGCCGGUGCAGUCCCUCCCGCCACUCUCGCCGAGUUCACAAUCGGCUCGGGUGAUGCAAAGGACUUCUACGACGUCAGCCUGGUCGAUGGCUUCAACUUGCCUAUGCUGGUCGAAACGAGCGGCGGCUCCGGUGACUGUUCUUCAACCGGGUGCGCGGUGAACUUGAAUAAGGGAUGUCCGAGUGAGCUGCAGUUCGAAGGCGGGGCGGGGUGUAGAAGCGCGUGCGAGGCUUUUCAGACGCCGGAGUACUGCUGCAGCGGCGCGUAUGGCUCACCGUCGACAUGUAAGCCGUCGGUUUACUCGCAGAUGUUUAAGGCGGCGUGUCCGACGGCGUAUAGCUAUGCGUACGAUGAUGGCACGAGUACGUUCACGUGUAGUGGAGCUGAUUACAUCAUAACAUUCUGCCCCUCAUCUACAACAAGUCUUAAAUCUUCAACACCAACAACUUCAACACUUCCAACAUCACCAACAACGACACCGCCCACGCCAACAACGACGGUAACACCGCCGAUGCCGACACAAACAGCACCAUCAGUAUCACCUCCAACAAUGACACCGCCAAGGCCAACGACGACGGUAACACCACCACCGCCAACAGGGACAACGGCGACACCAACGAGGGCAACAGAUGGGACCGGAGGUGGAUAUGUCAUGGAUUAUUUUGGUUCAUCGCCGAGUUUUAGUGGUGACGCAUCCAAGACACUUGCUUCUAUUGCCAUGGCUGCUUCUUCUGUUUUGUUUUAUUUUCUAUUGGUUUGAUUCGUAAGUGGACUAUGGCCACGUGAACAGCAGCCUCCUAGGCUGGUGAAGUUUUGUAACGUGUUUAAGUGCGGCGUGUAUAGAUUACUCUAACAAAGUUUCCAAUGUAAGUUAGCUUAAGAACUUUUUCGAAUACAAGGAAGUUCAGUACUCAAAGAUCUCAUUGGAUAUUUUA